ACGGACUACAGGGGCACAGUGAAGAGGGAGCUUCCCCGGCAGCUGCGUGGAGUGAAGCGCAGCUUGGUGGGCCCCUUGCUUCGCGAAGCCAUGCUGUCAGCCACGUUCGAUGGGGUCCGGGGCAGGAUCUCCCUCAACGCGCACGGCGACCUGCAGUCCAACGUGACGCGCAUUCUCAACGUGAUCAACGGCACCGCCGUGCCAGUCGGCUUCUGGACCUCCUCGCUUCUCCUCACGCCCUCCCUUGAUCUACCUCCCAUGAACGGCACAUCACGCAUGCUCAACAUCACCUUCCCAGGCAACACUACGAAGGCCCCCUCAGGUGCCUUCCCGCGCCGCAAGCUGCUGCUAGCCGUGCCCUACAAGAAAGGCUUCCAGCAGUUCGUCAACAUCACCCGCUCCACCACCUCCUCACCUACAAGCGAGACCUCCUCCUCCUCAUCAUACUCAUUCUCGGGUUUCACCGUGGAGUUGCUGCGUCUGGCCCUCAGCAAGCUGCCGUACCAAGCGGAUUACGAGCUCGUGCCGUUUGUAGGGGACGACGGCGGUGGUGCUGACGCUCCAGUGGGAUACGAUGACAUGCUGCAGGCCGUGGCCGAUGAGAAGUUUGACGGGGCCAUUGGUGACAUCUCGGUGACGCAGGCGCGGAGCAAGCUGGUGGAUUUCACACAGCCCUUCAUGGCAUCAGCAGUGAGUGUGAUCGCGUACGUGCCGCCCUCCAGCAGCUGGUGGAUGGCACUCGCGCCCUUCACGCCCUCCAUGUGGGCGGUGUUUCUCAGCAUGACUCUAGCCACGGGGCUCAUCACGGUGUUUCUCGAGUGCCGCCAGAACUUCGAGUUUCAAGGGAAGCUGCAUGAGCUGUUUCAGCACGCCCUCUGGUUCGGCUACCUCUCUAUCUUCUCCUUCCUCGAGAAGCCGGUGCGGACAUUGAUUGCGCGGAUAGUGCUCGCACUCUGGCUGCUGGUGACCUUCGUUGUAGUCACGUCCUUCACGGCCAACCUGACGUCUAUAAUCACGGUCAACAUGCUCACAGUGCCCUCGCUGGACGUCAACAGUGUCAUCAACGCCAACAACCCCAUCGCCUACCAGGCGGGGUCCUUCAUUGAGGGCUAUCUCUUGCAGUUAGGGGUGCAAAAGCACAACAUGGUGCCGCUUAGCAGUGCGGAGGAGUACAGCAGUGCGCUGGUGUCUGGGAGGGUGAAGGUGGUGGGGGAUAAGGGAUCGCAGUUGCGCCGAGACAUCUCAGCAGCGCUUCUCCACCUGACCAUGACAGGCGAGCUGGAUCAACUACAGAAGGACUACCUGCUGGGAGGACCAAGGCAGUGCCCCGACACGCUCAUGCCCGAGGCACCGGCGAGACAUCUCAGCAGCGCUUCUCCACCUCACCAUGACCGGCGAACUGGACCAACUGCAGCAGAAGUACCUGCUGCUGGGAGGCCCCCGGCAGUGCCCCGACGGGAGGAACUUCAAACCCUAAGCUCUCUGCAUGCACCCUUCCCCUCUCCCCAGGCCUUCCAGAAGGCAUCACAACUGCGCCGAGACAUCUCAGCGGCGAUUCUCCACCUCACCAUGACUGGCGAGCUUGAUAAGCUUCAACAGCAGUACCUGCUGGGAGGGCCCCGGCAGUGCCCCGACACGCUCAUGCCGGAGGCCCCGACGGUGCUGGCAAAUGAGAACUUCUGGGGGCUGUUUGUGGGGUAUGCCGUGGUGUCGCUCUCGUGCUGCCUGCUCUAUGUCGGGCUGCUGCUGUUCCGCGGCGCCAUGGUGGCCAGGGAGCUAUCAAAGCAGCAAGCCAAGUCAUACAACGCCGACAUGGUGGAAUUCGUUUCCACACAAGCGGCAGAUUAA